UGUUGGAUGCCGUGCUAUGACAACGUCACUACUGCUCCGUCCGCGCUGGGUCGACCCGUCGGUGAUGUUCCUCUACGACAACGGCGGAGGUUCCGAUGAAGUGAGCAAGAACAUGGAGGGUUUCCCCGGUGGCAACUUUGCUGCGAACCAGUGCAGGAAUCUGAUGGCGCACCCCGCGUCCCUGGCACCCAGCUCGGCGUACUCCUCCAGCGACGUGCCAACCUCAGGCAUGGGCGAGCCAGUGAAGCAGUGCAGCCCGUGCUCUGCCGCCCAGAAUUCCUCCAGCGCGUCCCUGCCGUAUGGGUACUUCGGUAGCAGUUAUUACCCGUGCAGAAUGUCGCAUCACAGCAGCAUAAAACCGUGUGGCGCGCAGCCCCCCUCUGCGUACGGGGAGAAAUACAUGGACACAUCUGCCUCGGGCGACGACUUCGCCUCUCGGGCAAAGGAAUUCGCUUUUUAUCCGACCUACCCCUCAGGCCCGUACCAACCUGUUCCCAGUUACCUGGACGUGCCGGUGCCAAUCAGUGCGCCGUCAGAAGCCAGACACGAGUCCCUGCUGCCUAUGGAGAGCUACCAACCGUGGACUCUCGCCACCAACGGGUGGAACGGCCAGGUUUACUGCGCCAAGGAGCAGCCCCAGCCCGGGCACAUGUGGAAGUCCUCCAUACCAGACGCAGUGUCCCACACCGGGGGAGACUCUGGCUCGUAUCGACGUGGACGAAAGAAACGCGUGCCAUACACCAAGGUGCAACUGAAGGAACUCGAGCGCGAGUACAAUGCCAAUAAAUUUAUCACGAAGGACAAACGGAGGAGGAUAUCCGCGCAGACCAACCUGUCCGAGAGGCAGGUCACGAUAUGGUUUCAGAACAGACGCGUAAAGGAGAAGAAAGUUGUCCACAAAUUGAAAACCAUCAGCUAGUUCCAUUUUUUUUUCUAUUACGGACAACAUCUGUGGGAGAAACUACUACUACAACACUUACUCACACACACACACACGCUCACACACACACAUACACUCACACACUUGGACUUGUGAAUUGGAUUAACGCAACUCCUUCCUGACUGAACAUGAUUUAUUUGUGUGUUUCCAAAUGAUUUCCCGGAGCUUCUGGAACUGCAAACAAAUAAUUCGCAGGCCCCUGAAUGCUGGACAUCUCCACUUCCUGCCACUUAUUUGUAUUUUAUCUUUUAUGGAAGUGGAAAAGAAAAGAGAAAAUAUAACACUUGCAGUAUGUGUGACUUCUUUUUGUCUUCCCACCCUGUGGCAUGCUCAAAUCUUUACGCAGGACCCCAGUUCGGAAAGGUGGGCGCCACCGAGCUACGCCUUUAUCUUCAGCUUUAACUAGAGAAAUGAUAGAGGCGAGGAUUUCACAGGAAGUGACGGAUUUGGACCUUGGGGAUGUUAAAUAUUAAUCUCUCCUAACUACUUCGUUAAACACCUACUCACGUGCUUUGCUUGUAUGAAGUUUUGUCUUAUCAUAUGGACCCGUCAUUAUCCAAUCCAUGGUGCAGUUCCAUGGUAAUGCUUAGAUAAUCAUCCGGGAAAUGUGUUUAUAUCGAUCAUAACUUUUUAUAAUGUGUGCGUUUCCAUGUGGUUGUGUAUAUAAAGUAAAUUCCGGCAUG